GGCGGCAGUGUCCCGAGCCGGGCUCAGGGGCCGCAGUGGCCGCCGCGGAGCGAGGCUGCCUCCAGGGAGCGUCCGGGCGCAGAAGGGUUAACGGGCCGCUGGGGCCGCGCGGAGCAGAGCGCGCCCCCUGCACGCUCAGAUGCCGGAGUAGCGUGUUUACUUCCGGUCCCCUCUCCCGGCCUGGGGCUUCAAGGGAGGAGCGAUGGAGAAGUGGGCGGGCAGGUCCCAGUUGUGCCUGAUGCUGCUUCUGUCCCUCCCUGAGCUCUGCCUGGAUCAGGAGGUGUUGUCUGGACACUCUAUUCAGACACCCCCUGAGGAGGGCCAGGGCCCUGAGGGCAUCUGGGGUCCUUGGGACCAGUGGGCCUCUUGCUCCCAGCCCUGUGGAGUUGGGGUGCAGCGCAGGAGUCGGACCUGUCAGCUCCCUACAGCUCAACACCAGGGCCUGCCCUUCCCACCCCGGCCCCCAAGACACCCAGAAGCCCUGCUCCCCCAGGGUCAGGGCUCCAGACCCCAGACUUCCCGAGAAACCCUCCCCCUGUACAGGCCACAGCCUCGGGGAAGAGGUGGCCCCUUUCGAGGUCCUGCUUCCCAGUUAGGGAGAGCAGAGGCCCAGGAGAUUCCAGCAGCUCGGAGAUCCCGAGUUCGAGACCCCAUCAAGCCGGGAAUGUUUGGUUACGGGAAAGUGCCCUUUGCUUUGCCACUCCAUCGGAACCGCAGGCACCCCCGGAGGCUGCGCAGAUCCGAGCUCCCCCACACCUCAGUUCUUUCAUCCCUGACUCCAAGAACAAAGCCAUCUUCCACAAACCACACAGCUCAAGCUCAGCUCCCUCCUACAGAACCGUCUUCCCGCCCCCUGUCCCCCCCAGCAGAGCCCGGAAGCCCCCAUGCUGCUCAGACCAGGCCUGCCCCCACACGGCCCCACCCCAGAGCCUCUGGCACAGACAUCCUCUUGUCCAUCCCCUCCCCAGGGGACAGUAGCUCUUUCCACAUGCCCCCUCAGCCAAGAAUGCCAAAUUCCCAGGGUCGGGCCAGUCUCCAGGUGCCAGACAGGCACCCUAAUCCUUUCCUUUCUGCCCCUCGGGGCAGAGGUCACCAGAGCCAGGAGCACUGGAGUCCUGGGGGGAAUCUUCAAGGGUCCCUCAUGGAGCCUGCCCCUCACUACCCAGAUGGCUGGUUGCCUCUGCUGAGUGCUGGUCCCCACUCCAGUUCCCUCUGGAGCCUCUUUGCUCCCAGUAGCCCUGUCCCAAGAUGUUCUGGGGAGAGUGAGCAGCUGAGAGCCUGCAGCCAAGCGCCCUGCCCCCCUGAGCAUCCAGACCCCCGGGCCCUGCAGUGUUCAGCCUUUGACUCCCAGGAGUUCAUGGGCCAGCUGUACCAAUGGGAGCCCUUCACAGAAGUUCAGGGCUCCCAACGCUGUGAGUUGAACUGCCGUCCUCGUGGCUUCCGCUUCUAUGUCCGUCAUACCGAAAAGGUCCAGGAUGGGACCCUGUGUCAGCCUGGAGCCCUAGACAUCUGUGUGGCCGGACGCUGUCUGAGCCCCGGCUGUGAUGGGAUCCUCGGCUCUGGCAGGCGUCCAGAUGGCUGUGGGGUCUGUGGGGGUGAUGAUUCCACCUGCCGCCUCAUCUCAGGAAACCUCACUGACCGGGGGGGCCCUCUGGGCUAUCAGAAGAUCCUGUCGAUUCCUGCUGGAGCCUCCCAGCUCCAGAUCGCCCAGCUCCGGCCCAGCUCCAACUACCUUGCCCUUCGAGGCCCUGGGGGCCAGUCCAUCAUCAAUGGAAACUGGGCUGUGGAUCCCCCUGGGUCCUACACGGCCAGUGGGACUGUCUUCCUGUACAACCGUCCUUCUCGAGAGGAGGGCAAGGGGGAGAGUCUGUCAGCCAAAGGGCCCACUACCCAGCCUGUGGAUGUCUACGUGAUCUUUCAGGAGGAAAACCCAGGCAUUUUUUAUCAGUAUGUUAUCUCUUCACCUCCUCCAGAUCUUGAGAGCACCACCCCAGAGCCCCACCUCCCCCACCUCCAGCAGGAGAUUUUGAGGGUAGAGCCCCCACCCGCUUUGGCGCCCCGCCCUGCGCGGACCCCAGGCACUCUCCAGCGUCAGGUGCGGAUCCCCCAGAUGCGCGCUCCACCCCAUCCCAGGACCCCCCUGGGGUCUCUGACUGGAUACUGGAAACGAGUGGGACACUCGGAGUGCUCAGCAUCCUGUGGGAAAGGUGUUUGGCGCCCCAUUUUCCUCUGCAUUUCUCGUGAGUCAGGGGAGGAACUGGAUGAACACAGCUGUGCCAUGGGAGCCAGACCCCCAGACCCCCUGGAGCCCUGCCACGGUCCCCCGUGCCCUCCAUACUGGGAGGCUGGCGAAUGGACAUCCUGCAGCCGCUCCUGUGGCCCUGGCACCCAGCACCGUCAGCUGCGCUGCCGGCAGGAGUUUGGGGGGGGUGGCUCCUCCGUGCCUCCGGAGCGCUGCGGACAUCUCCCCCGGCCCAACGUCACCCAGCCCUGUCAGCUACGCCUCUGUGGCCAUUGGGAGGUUCGUUCCCCCUGGAGCCAGUGCUCUGUGCGGUGUGGGCGUGGCCAGAGGAGUCGGCAAGUUCGCUGUGUGGGAAACAAUGGUGAUGAAGUGAGCGAGAGGGAGUGUGCAUCAGGCCCUCCACGGCCCUCCAGCAGAGAGGCCUGUGACAUGGGGCCCUGUACUACAGCCUGGUUCCACAGCGACUGGAGCUCUAAGUGCUCAGCCGAGUGUGGCACAGGAAUCCAGCGAAGGUCUGUGGUUUGCCUGGGGAGCGGGGAGGCCCAUGGGGCGGGCCAGGAGGAAUCAGGAGCAGGGACCAGUGAGCAGAGCUGUGCGCCCGGAAGCCGUCCCCCUGACAUGCGUGCCUGCAGCUUAGGACCCUGUGAGAUGACUUGGUGCUGGUACACGGGGCCCUGGGCUGAGUGUUCCUCGGAGUGUGGCUCUGGCACACAGCGUAGAGACAUAAUUUGUGUGUCCAAACUGGGUACUGAGUUCAACGUGACUUCUCCCAGCAACUGUUCCCACCUGCCCAGGCCUCCUGCCCUGCAGCCCUGUCAGGGGCAGGACUGCCAGGACCGGUGGUUUUCCACGCCCUGGAGUCCGUGUUCUCGCUCCUGCCAGGGGGGUGUGCAGACAAGGGAGGUCCAGUGCUUGACCGCCAACCAGACCCUCAGCGUCCGAUGCCCUUCUCACCUGCGGCCAUCCAGGAAACGACCCUGUAACAGCCAGCCCUGCAGCCAGCGCCCCGAUGAUCAGUGCAAGGACAGCUCUCCACAUUGCCCCCUGGUGGUACAGGCCCGUCUCUGCGUCUAUCCCUACUACACAGCCACCUGUUGCCGCUCUUGCGCCCAUGUCCUGGAGCGUUCUCCCCCAGAGCCCGCCUGAAAUGAGUCCAAGAGACCCUCUCCUCAUGGUUUCCACCAUCAGUCUCCCACCCAUCAGCCCACUCUAUAUCCUCUGGCUCUCCAGCCUGCCCUAGUCUCACCAGGGAUGUCCCCUAGGGUGGUUGCGGGCGGCAAGAUAACCAUCACGAUGUGUGUGUGGCUGGGUCUGUGUGUGGUUGAGGGGAUGUGUGCACAUAGGCCCCACGUGUGUAUCUGGGUCCGCGUGGAUGUGUGUGCUCACACACAUGUAUUCUCAAAAAAAGAGGUUAAACUGAAGAGGAAUGGGGAGGGACCAUGCCUGUUUCCCUGAGACUUUUCUAGGCUGAGAGCUCCUUAGUAAUCCAGACUGCCUGGCGACUGGCCUCUCCAACCCCAACUUUGUGCCCUGCACUUCAGUUCUCAUGUUCAGACCUCACAUCUUCUAAACCACCCAUUUGUCCUCCAGCCCUUCCCCCCAUACUUAGUCUCUCUAUCCCUACCUUUCAUAAUCAGCUAGGGAUGAGGGUCAGCCACUGCCAAUCCUGCUUUGCCCCAGAAAGAGAGACUACCUCCCCAGAGCAGGGACCAGCUGGGCAGAAGAUGGAAAAAAGAAAGGCUAGAACAAGACACCCUAGCCCCUGCUCCCGCUCCCCACCUCCUAAAAUGAUUCCCACCCCAGAACUAAUUUAUUUUUUAUUAAAGAUGAUUAUGACAAAUGA